AUGGGUCAGGUAGUCAUAUGAGGUGCUGUGAGGAGGUUGUUUGUGCUGUCUGUGAGUGGAGCUUCCUAUUUUGGUUCCAUGUGACCUUCACUUUCUCCUUAAGGCCCUAGCUAACCCCAGUCAAUACCACAGCAUAGAAAUACAAACACUAGACCAGAAUCAGUCAUUUAAUUAGAGGGGUGGCUCUUGGCUGUUCGACAUUCCCAUGUUUCUUCUUUUGACAGGUUAUAUCCUGGGGUUUACAUGUGAUGUAUAUGAUUUAUAGUCUGUAAUAGGAUGGAGUAAUGUAUUCAGAGGUUGACCCUAGUGAGGGGUUAUUUCUCAUGGGAGUGUCAUGACCCUACAUAAUAUUCUGUUGACGGUAGUUAGCUGUAAUAACCAAGGGAACAUGAUUUACAAUCAACCCUCCAUUUGGGCAUGUCACCAUUUAUAUACACUACCGGUCAAAAGUUUUAGAACACCUACUCAUUCAAGGGUUUUUCUUUAUUUUUACUAUUUUCUACAUUGUAGAAUAAUAGUGAAGACAUCAAAACUAUGAAAUAACACAUAUGGAAUCAUGUAGUAACCAAGAAAGUGUUAAACAAAUCAAAAUAUAUUUUAUAUUUGAGAUUCUUCAAAUAGCCACCCUUUGCCUUGAUGACAGCUUUGCACACUCUUGGCAUUCUCUCAACCAGCUUAACCUGGAAUGCUUUUCCAACAGUCUUGAAGGAGUUCCCACAUAUGCUGAGCACUUGUUGGCUGCUUUUCCAUCACUCUGCCGUCCGACUCAUCCCAAACCAUAUCAAUAUACAAAUAAAUCACAGACAGUGUCACCAGCAAAGCACCACCACACCAUAACACCUCCUCCUCCAUGCUUUACGGUGGGAAAUACACAUGCAGAGAUCAUCCAUUCACCCACACCGCGUCUCACAAAGACACAGUGGUUGGAACCAAAAAUCUCCAAGUUGGACUCCAGACCAAAGGACAAAUAGCCCAAGCAAGUCUCUUCUUCUUAUUGGUGUCCUUUAGUAGUGGUUUCUUUGCAGCAAUUCGACCAUGAAGGCCUGAUUCACACAGUCUCCUCUGAACAGUUGAUGUUGAGUGUCUGUUACUUGAACUCUGUGAAGCAAUUAUUUGGGCUGCAAUUUCUGAGGCUGGUAACUCUAAUGAACUUAUCCUCUGCAGCAGAGGUAACUCUGGGUCUUCCAUUCCUGUGGUGGUCCUCAUGAGAGCUAGUUUCGUCAUAGUGCUUGAUGGUUUUUGCGACUGCACAAGUUUCCGUAUUGACUGACCUUCAUGUCUUAAAGUCAUUUCUCUUUGCUCAUGUGGGCUGUUCUUGCCAUAAUAUGGACUUGGUCUUUUAACAAAUAGGGCUAUCUUCUGUAUACCCCCCACCUACCUUGUCACAACACAACUGAUUGGCUCAAAUGCAUUAAGAAGGAAAGAAAUUCCACGAAUUAACUUUUAACAAGGCACACCUGUUAAUUGAAAUCCAUUCCAGGUGACUACCUCAUGAAGCUGGUUGAGAGAAUGCCAAGAGUGUGCAAAGCUGUCAUCAAAGCAAAGGGUGGCUAUUUGAAUAAUCUCAAAUAUAACAUAUAUUUUGAUUUGUUAAACACUUUUUUGGUUACUACAUGAUUCCAAAUGUGUUAUUUCGUAGUUUUGAUGUCUUCACUAUUAUUCUACAAUGUAGAAAAUAGUACAAAUAAAGAAAAACCCUUGAAUCAGUAGGUGUUCUAAAACUUUGGACCGGUAGUGUACACUGAACAAAAAUAUAAACAUAACAUGUAAAGUGUUGUUCCCAUGUUUCAUGAGCUGAAAUAAAAGAUCCCAGAAAUUGUCCAUACGCACAAAAAGCUAAUUUCUCUAAAAUGUUGUGAACAAAUCUGUUUACAUCCCUGUUAGUGAGCAUUUCUCCUUUGCCAAUAUAAUCCAUCCAUCUGACUGGUGUGGCAUAUCAAGAAGCUGAUUAAACAGCAUGGUUAUUACACAAGUGCACCUUGAGACAUCUGUGGCACUGUGACAAAACUGCACAUUUUAGAGUGGCAUUUUAUUGUCCCCAGCACAAGUUUUGAGGGAGUGCGCAUUUGGCAUGCUGACUGCAGGAAUGUCCACCAAAGCUGUUGCCAGAUAAUUUAAUGUUAAUUUCUCUACCAUAAGCCCCCUCCAACAUAGUUUUAGAGAAUUUGGCAGUACGUCCAUACGUCCAACAGGCCUCACAACCUCUGAGCACGUGUAAGGCGUUGUGUGGGCAAGCGGUUUGCUGAUGUCAAGGUUGUGAAGAGACUGCCCCAUGGUGGCAGUGGACAAUGAACACAGUUGCAUUUUAUUGAUGGCAAUUUGAAUGGACAGAGAUACCGUGACGAGAUCCUGAGGCCCAUUGUCGUGCCAUUCAUCCGCCGCCAUCACUUCAUGUUUCAGCAUGAUAAUGCACGGCCCCGUGUCGCAAGGAUCUGUACACAAUUCCUGGAAGCUGAAAAUGUCCCAGUUCUUCCAUGUCACCUAUUGAGCAUAUUUGGGAUGCUCGGGAUCGAACUGCCUUAGGUCAGUUAGGAUCACCACUUUAUUUUAAGAAUGUGAAAUGUCAGAAUAAUAGUAAAGAGAAUGAUUUAUUUCAGUUUUUAUUUAUUUCAUCACAUUCCCAGUGGGUCAGAAGUUUACAUACACUCAAUUACUAUUUGGUAGCAUUGCCUUUAAAUUGUUUAACUUGGGUCAAACGUUUCAGGUAGCCUUCCACAAACUUCCCACAAUAAGUUGGGUGAAUUUUGGCCCAUUCCUCCUGACAGAGCUGGUGUAACUGAGUCAGGUUUGUAGGCCCCCUUGCUCGCACACGCUUUUUCAGUUCUGCCCACAACUUUUCUAUAGGAUUGAGGUCAGGGCUUUGUGAAGGCCACUCCAAUACCUUGACUUUGUUGUCCUUAAGCCAUUUUGCCACAACUUUGGAAGUAUGCUUGGGGUCAUUGUCCAUUUGGAAGACCCAUUUGCGACCAAGCUUUAACUUCCUGACUGAUGUCUUUAGACUUUGCGUCAAUAUAUCCACAUAAUUUUCCUUCCUCCUGAUGCCAUCUAUUUUGUGAAGUGCACCAGUCCCUCCUGUAGCAAAGCACCCCCACAGCGUGAUGCUGCCACCCCCGUGCUUCACGGUUGGGAUGGUGUUCUUCGGCUUGCAAGCAACCCCCUUUAUCCUCCAAACAUAACGAUGGUCAUUAUGGGCAAACAGUUCUAUUUUUGUUUCAUCAGACCAGAGGACAUUUCUCCAAAAAGUAAGAUCUAUGUCCCCAUGUGCAGUUGCAAACCGUAGUCUGGCUUUUUUAUGGUCGUUUUGGAGCAGUGGCUUCUUCCUUGCUGAGCGGCCUUUCAGGUUAUGUCGAUAUAGGACUCGUUUUACUGUGGAUAUAGAUACUUUUGUACCUGUUUCCUCCAGCAUCUUCACAAGGUCCUUUGCUAUUGUUCUGGGAUUGAUUUGCACUUUUCGCACCAAAGUACGUUCAUCUCUAGGAGACAGAACGCGUCUCCUUCCUGAGCGGUAUGACGGCUGCAUGGUCCCAAGGUGUUUAUACUUGCGUACUAUUGUUUGUACAGAUGAACGUAGUACCUUCAGGCGUUUGGAAAUUGCUCCCAAGGAUGAACCAGACUUGUGGAGGUCUACAAUUUUUUUUCUGAGGUCUUGGCUGAUUUCUUUUGAUUUUCCCAUGAUGUCAAGCAAAGAGUCACUGAGUUUGAAGGUAGGCCUUGAAAUACAUCCACAGGUACACCUCCAAUUGACUAAAAUGAUGUCGUUUAGCCUAUCAGAAGUUUCUAAAGCCAUGACAUCAUUUUCUGAAAUGUUCCAAGAUGUUUAAAGGCACAGUCAAUUUAGCGUAUGUAAACUUCUGACCCACUGGAAUUGUGAUACAGUGAAUUAUAAGUGAAAUAAUCUGUCUGUAAACAAUUGUUGGAAAAAUUAGUUGUGUCAUGCACAAAGUAGAUGUCCUAACCGACUUGCCAAAACUAUAGUUUUUUAACAAGAAAUUUGUGUAGUGGUUGAAAAAUGAGUUUUAAUGACUCCAACCUAAGUGUAUGUAAACUUCAGACUUCAACUGUAUGUCGCGCUGCAUGAGGCAAAUGAUGGUCACACUAGAUACUGACUGGUUUUCUGAUCCACACCCCUACCUUUUUUUUUAAAGGUAUCUGUGACCAACAGAUGCAUAUCUGUAUUCCUGGUCAUGUGAAAUUCAUAGAUUAGGGCCUAAUGAAUUUAUUUCAAUUGACUGAUUUCCUUAUAUGAACUGUAACUUCAACUUGAAAUGUUGCAUGUUGUGUUUGUAUUUAUAAGUAUAAUAUUUUUUUGCAGUGUUGUCUUUACAUUAGCUUCUAUUAUGGCCUAUGAAUAGCUAAUUGUCUCUUAAAGGGAGGGACUGUUUAUUUUUACUCACCAUUAGUUGGUGAAGCUAAAUUGAUGCCCAGCUAAUAAAGUCUCCACACAAUGAAAUAUUUAUAAGGCUAGUGUUAACUUACCGUUUAACAAGAAAGUGUGGAGCUGCUGCACAUCCAUUUAUUGGGUCAGAGACCAAAGAACAAACACACACACACACACAGCCUUACAGAGAGAAAGAGAGAGUGUAAAUAUGUUGCAUGUUAAUGUGUCCCUCUGUAGCUCAUGUUCUGCUUAUUUUUAUUUCUUGUGUGUUUUUGUUCUAGCUUGGGUGCGUGCGGGUGGGUGGGUGCGUGUGUCUAUGUCUGUGUCUGUGUGCAGAGGUUCUCAGCAGCCUUCCAAAUGAAAUCAGCCGCCAAGCCAAGUCCUUUACCACAGUUUGCGGCAGGAAUUCAAGGUCAGCGCUACUGAUUGUGCUGAUGCGUUUUAUUCUCUGGAGCCAGUGGUGCUGGACUGUAUGACUGGGGGGUUACCACCGCUGACCCCCACCCAUCCCCACCAGCCCCACUACACACACCUUCAUCCUUCCAUUAUCACCCCGGUGCUCCCCUGCAAGGGAGUGUGCAUUUAGCCGUUAAAUUAAAUGGGGGAAGGGUGGUGGUGUUCCUCGCCGGAGAGCCAGGAGAUGGAUGGGGAGAGGUGUCCUGAUUUCCCAUGUGACCACAAUAAUUGUGUUAUAAUAGAGGUGGGGGCUGAGGGCCCAUCAGCAGAGGGGCAGAGGUACACCUCCGUCUCCCCCUCCCAUUCCCCUUCCUCAACAAAGAGACCUGUAGAAAAUCAGGAAGAGUCUGUCAUUUUCACAUAUUAGUAUCUGGGUUGCUUUCUCAUUUUGAAGCAUGCGUGGCCAAUUUAUUCAAUGAAUUAUACAUUUAAAUGCAUGAUUAUUUAAACGAAAAGUGGUUUGAUAUCUUGGUAUGUGAAUAAUCUAUGAUGGGAUGCGUACAGUUGUUCCCUCUCCUCUGACCUCCUAUCCUCCCUCUUGCUCUCUUCCUCCAGGCACCAUGAGGCCGGUCCACAGGAACUUCUAUGAGCCGUCGUCGGCCCCGGGGAAGGGUGUGGUGUGGGAGUGGGAGAACGACAGCAGCUCCUGGACGCCCUACGACAUGGAGAUCUGUGUGACCGUCCAGAACGCCUAUGAGAAGCAGCACCCCUGGCUGGACCUGACCUCUCUGGGCUUCUGCUACCUCAUUGACUUCAACAGCAUGACCCAGACCAACCGGCAGAGCCAGAGGAAACGCCGCCUGCGCCGACGCAUGGACCUAGCCUACCCUCUCAUCAUGGGCUCCAUCCCCAAGUCCCAGUCUUGGCCCGUGGGAGCCAGCUCCGGCCAGCCCUGCUCCUGCCAGCAGUGCAUCCUGGUCAACAGCACGCGGGCUGCCUCCAACGCCAUCCUGGCCUCUCAGCGCCGUAAGCUGUAUGGGGGGGCCACGGGACCUUCAGGGGCUACAGACACGCUCACCGUGGUACGGCAGAGUAACACCUUCACUGGAACCACCCUCUGGUCCCCCACCUCCGGUGCCGGGACCAAUAAUAUACAACAUAACAACAUAAGCGCAGGAGGAGGCCAAGCCAAAGCUGAACAGGUGCAGUCGCCCCUGUCUAGUGCCAACUUCCCCUGUUCCCCGGCACUGUCGUCCCAUCCGCCUGCACAUGGCCACUCCCACGCCCACUCCCAUGGUCACCAUGCCAUCAUCAAUGGGCAGAACAACCUGAACCGGCCGGGCACCCAGCGCAUUUCCAUGGGCACUGCCAGAGGAGCCAUCCCACUAGGGUAACCAUGACAAUCAUUUGGAUUACAUUCCACUACAGAUUUGCUAAACAAAACAUGAGAAUAACACAAAGGCACACAACAAAAGCACAUCCAGUUAGUCUGUAGAAUGCAUUUUAAAUUUGAUGACAAUAGAUUAAGCAAUUGGAAGGUAUUAAAGGGGAAAAUCUCUCUCUAUCUAUACUAUGUAUGAAUAUCGGAUACCAUAUGGAGAUAGUAGGGAUGGAAUGGGGAGAUGGGUGAGGCGAGAAGACUAGACGAGAGAUAUAGAAGGAGACAGAGAGAGGAGAGCAAGAGCAAGAGAGAGAGAGAUAGACGUGAGAGAGAAGUAGGGAUCGAUGAGGGAGAGCGGAGAGGGGAGAGAAGAUCGAGAGAGAGAGAGAGAGAGAGAGAGAGAGGGAGCGCAGAGGAGAGAGAAAGGAUAGAGGAGAGAGCGAGAUGCAGAGAGAGAGAUAGAGGAGCGAUAGAGAUACUUAUCUAUCUAUAUAGCGCUAUCUCUAUCUCUCUCUCAUCUCUCUCUCUCUCUCUCUCUCUCUCUCUCUCUCUCUCUCUCUCUCUCUCUCUCUCUCUCUCUCUCUCUCUCUCUCUCUCUGCACCUCUUGUUAACUGGGGGAUCAACGGCUCUGCAGAGGGAGCUCCAGGUCAUUGACAGCUAUGCUGCCGCUCUCAUCUCUCCUCUUUAUCCCAUAUCUUCUCUCUCCUCUCUGUACUUACUCCUCUCUCAUCUCUCUCUGCACUGGGAAGUGUAGGGAACUGUUUCCUUCUGCUCCACAUUUGAAUCUUAGCAUGGUUGUCCUGAAUAAUAAGCUUACGCUUGCCUCAAUAGACUCUGAAUAGCUGCUCUGUGCCUCUAAUUUUACCCAGUUCAUUUCUACCACACAGUGGUGUUAGCUAUGUGUCAGGUUAUUCUAUUAUUCUAUGCUUGUGUGAGUGUAAGCCUGUGUGUGUCCAUGUGUAAAGCUGUGCUCCCAUGUAGCUGUGGAAACCCAUUUGCCGUGGCGGCAGAGAUACACUGGGGAGAGAUGAAUAAUAGAUCAGGGAAAAAUGGGAGCUUGAGCAGAGCUAUCUGACCCGAGAGCGAUUCAGUGAGGGGAACUGAAGGAAAUAAGUAUGUAGAGCUGUAACCGAUAUCUCAGUCCCUAUCCUGUUUUCUUUACUAAAAUAAACCCUCUCGUGAACUCAUUUCAUUCCAUUUCCCUCUCACAGCUGAUGGGGAGAGAAACAGUUAGACAGUAUAUGUUGAAAUGAUGCUGUCCUUCAGGCAGACACACACUGACUUCACAAGGCCUAGUUCUGUGUAAGGGAAUGUGUGAUGUUGGCAGCUCAUGGAAGCACAUGACUGAGUGGACAGGUGGCAGAUUGAUAUUGCCCUGAGCUCACCUGAGCGUGUGAAACAGGCAGGAGUGUAUUAUUGUGUGUGUGUGUAACAGCUGAGAAGUCCUGUGGUGAUUUAUAAGGGCCCUAUCAAAUCAGAGGCCUGGAGUGGAUGGAGUGCUCGUUUCUCAACUCUGUGCAGUGGGCAGGAGGGAACUGUGAGAGGCUGUGGGAGAAGACUGUGAGAAAGACAGAUAGAGAGAGAGCGAGACAGAGAGAGAAAGGGGUGAGGUGGAGAACAAUGUUUACCAGGCAAGUGGCUCUACACACAAAGGAAGAGUGUGGUUAACAACAACACACACAGCAGGACACAGACGCACAGACACAUGAAUACCCUCACACAUUUCAGCGAGUUCAUUUAUAGACAGAUAACAGUAAAACACACACCCACACAUAUUGGACACAAUACCUCUGUCGCCAAUGACAAAGAAUGCAGUUGAAAUAAUAACCUUGUGAUAACAUGUAGAUGAUUAUAAGGUAGUUUAAUGAACUAGUUUACGACUGAAUAAUUUCAGGCUUAGUUUCACUAUCCUCGAACAUGUAGUCCCCUGUAGCUCAGUUGGUAGAGCAUGGCGCUUGCAACGCCAGGGUUGUGGGUUUGUUUCCCACGGGGGGCCAGUAUGAAAAUGUAUGCACUAACUGUAAGUCGCUCUGGAUAAGAGCGUCUGCUAAAAUGACUAAAAUGUAAAAUGGUUGUUGUGAUGUCGUAGUAAAUAUCAGAGGGGGUGUAAAGAGCACCCCCUACUGGUCUGUCUUAACAUGUCACAUUUGCUUUCAUAUUGGGUUUCCAAUGGUUGCCACCUGCAAUUCACUUUCCAAUUGGCCUUUACGCUUGAUCUUCUGUACCUAAAUAAGAAAUGUCAGAACACAUAUAAAAGCAACGUAUAAAAACAACCCUACAACUAGGAACUUAUUCUUCCAAAGAGGAAGAAACUAGAGUGGAAUAAAGAGCAUAUCACCUUAUUAGAUGUUAGAGAGAUAAUUCCUAAUGAACAAGGCCUCUGGUUCUCUAUCUAUCUGCAGUGUACAGAGCACAGAGUUGCAGAGACACUUGCAGAGUUUGCUCCAGUCCUCUGUGAUGUGAAUUUGACAGCGACAAGCCACUUCCUUAUCACAACUUCCUCCAUUCACUUCCCCAUUUGAGAACACAGAGAUUGUUUGUGAGGUCUAAAAGAUAGGAAAUGUUUUUAUUUCUUUGUGUGUUCUCUAAAGAUGAAGACGGCAGAGGAGGCAUGGUAAGUGAGAUCCUUUAUACUUGCACUACUAGCUCAUUUAAUUAUGAGGCAGUUAAUGGUACUAUGCUGCCCAGCAGUGCUCUCUGCCCUUGGCUGAGUGAGUAGGAUUUGUUUUGGUGCUCAUGUCUCCUUCUAUUAACUGAUUAACGGUGUUGGACUCUGUUCAGACUGGAGAGCUAGCUAUCUGAUAUGAACAGGCCAGGGGACGCAGCAGGGAUUACACAGCCCUACCGCUGCGCUGCACUGCUCUGCUCUCCACUAGAGCCCUCAGCCCUGUCUCAGCCCUGUCUCAGCCCUGUCUCGGCCCUGUCUCCAUUAGAUAGAAUUAAAGGAGAAAUAACUUAAUAAAUGAUGAAUGCCCAUCCGGACCAAACCGAUGCAAUUGUAGAGAUGCUCUGUGUCAUUAUUGCUUAUUUGUCUGUUUUGGGGUGCUUUGUGAAGUGCAUUACUCCUGUUGUUCUCUCUCCCUGGCCAGGUCUGCCUUCCUCUCCCAGUCCUCCACCACAACAAUAUAAAAUCAAGCACUUUUGGAGUUCUCCUCUUCUCCUCCUCCCCCUGUCUUCCUGGUGCAUGAUAAACAGAUGAGGAGAUAUAAGGGCUCCGUCAGCACUUCUCUAACUGGGCCUAAUUUGGUCUCAAUCGGGAGGAAAUCACAUAGCUCUCAGUCUAAUUAAGUCCUGCUCAAGUCAGGCUGGAAAGUCAGUCUGGGAGAGAGGUGAGGGGAAGGAAUGGAGGAGAGGAGGGGUAAACAGGAGUGAGAAGAGAGAGCAGAGAAUGAAGAGAGUGACAAGGGUUGACUGAACGAAAGAGAUAAAGAGGUUAAUGGGUCCGUACUAACUCAUGGAAUUUGCUUGAAAGUGAAAUACUAAAUCACUCCUACAAUAUUGUAGCCUACACUCAUGUGUUCAGUGAACAUGUGUACCUAUACUGUACAUUUGUAAGGUACUACCUCCUGAUAAAAUCUGAACACCAGCCUUAGUAAUAGAUGUAAAUACAACUAAAUGCUCUUUAGAUCUUAGGAGCGAGUGUGAGGCCUUUAGGUGUGCAGCUGUGGACUCGUGACCAUGGCCCUGGUGAAGGGCUGGAGGGGGGAUGUAGGUCAGCAGUGGUCCAAACGCGUCACUGGCCCCAGAAGAACUCAAGGGUCUUGUUAAAAGCUUAAAGUUACUAGCUUCCCAUAUUUUGAAAUAAAAUGUAGCAAGAAAUGCUGUUGCGUGUUUUUGCUCAACAAGAGGUUAUAUGGUUGAAUGACCUCAUGGCAUUAAAAUGUCUCAAUUACAAAUGCUGUAACACUUCCACGUGCGUGUGACGGCGCUAAGGGCUCUUGUUGUAUGUUGCGCUCUCCUGGUGAGAAUUAGUUGUUCAAUCACAAACAACCCCUCCAUGCAACGCCUGAAUUAUACGUGUUUCAAGCAUACAUGCACACAGCUGUCUGACAUACAUCAUAGGCCAUUACACUGGCCUCGUAUCUCUACUCGACUACUCUGUGGCUUGGCCCUGCGUAGCACUACAUUAGUUCCCCUGAGAUUGGAGAUAAGGCAGAUCAGACCCAGAGUGUCCAGGUCACGUGGGCCUUUUAUUUCUGUAGAGUUCAUUGAAGGGCUCCCCUGGCACAGGAUCACAGGGCUCUACUGAUAUCAAAGCAGCCUCUCGUUAGUGAUUUUGUAAGGGAGGUGCUGAAGAGCUACUAGAGAGAGUGAGAUAGAUGGGGGAAGGGAUCUCCUAGAUCAAUGGUAUUAAUGUUACAUAAUACCUUUGGGAAACUAAGAAAAUGUAGAUCAUUCUACUGUAAUUAAGUGGCAUGCUUCUUGCAUGUACUGAAAUACUGUGUAAGUUAAUACAGUGUAAUAAUUCAGUCAUUAAAGCUGCUCUCUUUUCAUUGCGACUGUUGUCUAAGCACUCAACUGUUUUGGCUGCAUUUUCUUCUAUGUGGUCCUCUCCAUCUCUGCAGAUCAGUUGUUAUUUUUUCUGCACAGAGUAGCAGAAGCUGCAGCAGCAACAGAAGCUCAGUCUGCAGUCUCUAACCCUAGCUCCUCUGACAGGUGACCUUUCUCUGCAGCCUGGUCUGCCCUGUAUGGGAGUGCCCUCUAUUACCAGACUGGAGUGGAGGCCAUGUUUUCUCAAAAGGGACUUACCAACACACACAGGCUCAUCAUGACCCACAUGCUUUGUGCACAGCUCUCUAUCACUUCCUAUUUUAGCUGUCUUUGCGAGUAAACAGUCUUCCUCCUCUGUGUGGAGUGUGUGUUCUGAAUCAUGCCCUGGUUCAACAGUUUGUAGAUGAGUCAAGCGGUCCUGACUGUUUGUGGUGUAGCUACUAGCUAGUACACGUGACCAUGGACUAUUUGCACUAUGGCAACAUAUUCCACAUCUGUGUAAGUGUGGCUGUUCUAAUUGAGAAUGUGCAUUACUUAAUAACAAUGAACUAACUGUAGCGUCAUUAUGUUUACUCUUUUGAAAACCUGAUUUCAUAUUGGACGUUUUUUCUUCUUCUGUAGGGUGCCUCCCCUCCCUGUUAAGAACCUGACUGUCUCUGGACCAGUUCACCCAGCAAUUGCAGGUAAUUUCUCUUCUCUUUCGCAAAUUGAAAUAAAAUAAAAAUUAUCGGAGGCUGCAUUUAAUUGAGUGCAUUAGUUCUCAUCCAUUUUAUUACUCAACCCAACAUAAGCUACGUCAUGGAAAACGACGUGGACAAAGCCCAAAACAAACAUACACAUAUAUAUAUAUAUAUAUAACACAGGGCUGUAACCCAAACAAAAGAGUGAGGUGUAAACCUCUAAAUAAAUACAUGGGACCAGUAAUAACAAGUGCACAAUUACUCGGCAUGUAAACUGUAAUACAAUGUACUCACAAGACCAACGGACAUGGGACAAUAUUCAACAAGGACAAUGGGGAACAGAGGGCACAUAUAUACACAUACUAAUCAGGGGGAAUGGGAACCAGGUGUGCGUAAUGAGACAAGACAGUCCGGGGUUAUGGUAAUGAACCAGGUCAGUGACGUAGACCUCCGGGGGGAUCCGUGACACUCAUAAUAGUAAACCAACAUGACUAUUUUCUUUCUUGUAUGCAUGUGUGUCUAUGCCAGGUAUGACAGGUAUCCUGAUGUGUGCGGCUGGCCUGCCUGUGUGUCUGACCAGGGCCCCUAAACCCAUUCUGCACCCGCCGCCCAUCAACAAGAGUGACAUGAAGCCUGUGCCUGGGGUCAACGGCAUCCGCCGCAAGACCAAGAAGCACCUCAGGAGAGGUAUGUAUGUAUGUAUGACAGAGAGGACUCUAAGGACCACUGGAGGGGGAAGGGUCUAUCAUGGAGCAUGAGACAUAUGCUAUUGACACAUUGAGAUGUAAAGUAAAUACCUUCUCUGGAUAAGAAGGGAAAGGGAGGGCUUACAGUCACAGUCACACUCAGCAUAUUUCAUGGCCUUCCCACCACAUUGAAAUUAACAGAGCUAUUUCCACAACCAUAAUUAAGAGGAAGCCAUUGUAGUGAGAUGGGUUGAUGAUGAUCUAGUGGUGAGAUGUGUGGCUUUAGCUGAAAUGGCGCUAAGCCAAAGUCGAUUUGACGCUGUGGAAAUCUCAAGCGUCACCGGGGGAGUCUUUGUCCUAAUUGGUCAGUGAGGCUGUGGGUUUUCCAGCCCUGCAUCAGUCUGUUUACCCAGACACCCCCUCUAUGGCCUUCCUCCCUUCCCUCUGUCCGUCCAUCCCCGGACACAGACCCAGGCAUUGGGAUGGGAUGACACCACAGAUUGAUAAAUGGGUUGAGGCCAAUUGUUCCUGCAUUGAUGCAGCAUAGCUCCCAUGGAGCAAGGCAGAGAGGGAAAGAGAUCUGUGGUUAUCCUGACCUGUUCUGGCUGCCGCUCAAAAGGAGGCCAAAGAGGCCUUUGAUCCAGUUAAUGAAGCCAUUAAAAAGGCACUGCCUGAAAAUGCAUAGGAGAGAGUGGGGUAAAUUGAGCCAAAUGGUUAGUUGAGGCACCCCUUGUUUCUAGGAAACCAUACACAAAAUUAAUUAUGUGACCAAAUAUUUAGAAAAAGGUCAUAAUUUCAUGGAGUAUGUGAAGGAAGAAACCACAUGGCAAAGUGGUAAGCAAGUUAGGUCCAGAAAACGGCUUUUUCACAAAGUCAAAUGAAAAUAUUGUUUUAUACAUCAGUUGGGGUCUCUAUAAGCUACAAUAUGAGGUACUAAACCUAGCAUGAAAGUGUAUCCUUGUAGCUGUGUGGGCUAAUGUAGUCAAAAUGUUUACCUUGGGGUAAGUUGAGCCAAUGGCCAACAUACCCCAUACAAAUUAUGAUUACAUUUAGUCAGUUUUAUGCAUAAUAUGCAUAGUAUUUUUGCAACGUGUCAUGCAUAUGAACUCAAGAGAGUGCAUUUUUAUUGUUACCGAGCAGACAUUAUCGUGCCCCGUGUAUACAAACAUAAAGCAGGGGUCUAGCCCCCCUUGAGGUUCUUGAGAGAGCAGCCAAGGAAGUGAGAGAAGGGAAGAAGUCCAAUUCUAGCUGCAGCAAGGGAUGAGAAAAAUAGACUGAAUGACACUGAAGAAAAAAAAUAACCUGUGCGAAAGAGAGGCUAUGAUAGAGUAGGUCUUAUCUGAUGACAUGGAGUCUGAGCUUGCUAAACAUAUCAAAAAUUUCACAGACCAGUUUCAUGGGCUUAGUAGCCUCAAAUGCAGAGAACUUGCCUACAAAUUGGCACAUCGAAACAACAACUGGUCAAGAAAUGGAAGGGGAAGUGAUAUUGAACAGAGAGAUCUAUAUCUGAAAAUAAUGUAGGUAUACAUUUAAGAUAUUCAAUAUACCACACCCCCAUUCCAUGAAUUCAACUUUGACCUACCAGCACCAUCACCCACUGUCACAGGACAUCAUCACCCACCUACCCCAAGGCAGCUCAACUGACCCUGUCCCUAGGCUAAAUUUGCCAAGAGACCACUUCUUUUGGACAAGUUAUGUUUUCAAAACUGAUAUGUUUACAUUAAUUCUGAUUAUUUCCAGGGAUACACAACAUAGUGAUGCUGAAUGUAAAAAAUAGCUCAACUUACCCCACUCUCCCCUAAUUAAAUCCUUCUCCCUCUCUCUCUCUGUCUCUCUCUCUCCAUCCCUUUCUCACAUUGUCUCUCUCACUUUUCUGUCUCUUUCUCUCUCUUCCUGUCAGCCAUGCUAGCUUGGUUUCACACUGGGAUUAGCUUAGUGUGUUGGGUGAUGGCUCAUUGUUCUGUGUCACUUUGAAGGUGACCUCCUCUUCAACAUCACACACUGUAUUUAUUCGCACACUCUCUCUUCUUGGACUGGUCUGAUCACAAUCAAGCAGGGCUAUGAUACUUUAGACCAAGACCAGUCACUGGGUUUACCUAUUGCUCAUAUAGACUUCUCCUUAUGCAGAUCCAUCUAGUCAUCUUUAGGUCUUCAAGGGACAAAAUGCAUCUGUCUUCGAGUAAUGAUUGUGUGUGUGAGUAAGUGUUUUUUGUUCCUUUCAACCACAUGCCUUCAAUGUUGUGUUUGAUUGCUAGGGAAAAACCCAGAGGAUGUGGUGCGGAAAUACACAGAGAAAGUGAAAGUAGCCCCUGAUGAGGUAAGGAGAGUCCUGGAUGACACACACUUACACAGGUUUAAUACAGUUUCAAAUCAUUAUACAGUGUAUUAUUGCUAUGCAUCCCAACCCUACAGUAACAUACAAUAGCUGUUAUGGUCUAACUGGUGCCAACUCACCUUCCCUUCCCAGGACUGCACCAUCUGCAGGGAGAGGCUGGUGAUGUCAUCGGGCUACGAGGCUGUCAAGGGCAUAAAGCCAGAGGUGGUGGGCAAGCUUGGCAAGUGUGGGCACAUGUACCAUCUGCUGUGCCUGGUUGCCAUGUACAACAAUGGCAACAAGGUGAGAAAGAGCAUACGUGCCAGCGCUUGUUAUGGUAUCAUAAUAUAAUAUUGUAUAGUAGUGGGUGAAAUUGUAUAGUAGUGGGUGAAAUUACACCCCCCAUUUGAUGUGAUGGGGUAUGCUAUGAUAUCAAUUUGAUUAGAUUGAGAUCAAACCAAUUCAGAAGCAGGUCUUACUCUGAUAAACAUGGUUCAUGGACAUUUUAAGGCAUAACCAGGAAACUAAAUUAUAAUAAUAUUUGUUUAUUAAAAGCCAAUUUAGGACAGAAGGAGGAUCUAUGUUCAUGAAACCAACUCUAGAUUAGAUUCAAGUUGUUUGAUUAGAUUAGUUAUGAAUAUUGAACAUUGAAUCUGUACCUAUCCAGGAUGGCAGUCUGCAGUGUCCCACUUGUAAGGCUAUCUAUGGGGAGAAGACAGGCACACAGCCCCCUGGGAAGAUGGAGUACCAUGUCAUUCCCCACUGCCUGCCCGGCUACCCAGAGGCCAAGACCAUCCGCAUAGUCUAUGACAUUGCUGCUGGCAUACAGGUCACCACCCUCAUAUCCUCCACACUCACACAGUUCACUCAUCCACUGGCUCUCUUUCCUAGGUCUAUUCUCUUCCAUCUAUGGUGCUAUAAUACUGCUGUGUCUGACAUGAGGAGGCUUCAGAGGGUGUUUGAUGACGUUUUUAGUGUUGCUCAGGGGGUUGAAGUGCCCCAAAGCCGUGUGACUGCAUCCUUGUAAAGAGAGAGAAAGAGAGAGAAAGAGAGUGAAAUAGAGAGAACGAUUCACCUCCUCUCUUUGCAGGGGGCGGGGGUGGUCAAGAGGAGAGGGCUGCAAAUGUCAUCCUUUCUGCAGAGCUGAGCUUUAAUAGAGUCAAUAAAGUGACCUUUCUGCCAGAAGAGCAAGCUUAGCCUCCCUGGGCAGGGGAGAGAGAGGCUGGGGCUGUCUGUCCCCUGCCGUCCACACUGCAUCAGAACAACAUACCACAGCCCACUCACAGUGCCCCUGCACACCACUCACACUCCUCACUCCCCCCUUUUAACACAUCUACACUGACAGCUGUACUCUGUGUAGGAAAGUCAUGAUAUAGUAAUGAUACAGAACAUUAUGAAGCAGAAUGGAGUACAAUGAGUAGGGUGUAGCAUGUCAACACAUAAGACCUGCAUCACACAGCAUGGCAGUUAAUUGGUUGUUUUACAGCUGGUAUAAAGAACCUGUUUCUUAAUGAAAGGGGGAAAGGUUUAAUUUGGCAGUGGCAUUCAUUUCCCCCCAAAUUAAUGCUUUAAAAGAGUGCAAAUAAACCCACCAGAGUAGUCUGACUACGAGUAUACAAGCUUGUCCCGGGGGCACAUUUGACAUUUCCCUCUUGACUGAAUGUUGUUGUUUUUGUCCUUUUCACCAGACCACAGAGCAUCCCAACCCAGGGAAGAAGUUCAGCGCUAGGGGGUUCCCCCGGCACUGCUACCUCCCAGACAACAACAAGGGCAGGAGGGUAAGACUUACAGUACUGUCUGUCUGUAUAUGGGAAGAACAGUUUUUCAAAAUACGUUAUGUAGUAGGCAGGUAGCCUAGCGGUUAAGAGCAUUGGGCCAGUAACCGAAAGGUCGCUGGUUUGAAUCCCCGAGCCAACAAGGUGGAAAAAUCUGCCGUUCUGCCCUUGAGCAAGGCAGCAACUACUGCUCCCCGGCCGCCGAUGACGUCAAUUAAGGCAGCCCCCUGCACCUCUCUGAUUCAGAGGCAUUGGGUUAAAUGCGGAAGACACAUUUUGGUUGAGUGCAUUCAGUUGUGCAACUGACUAGGUACUGUAUCCCCAUUCCCUUCUCUACCCCCUUGAAUGGACUAGAACAGGGGUGUCAAACUCAUUUUAGCUCAGGGGCCACAUGGAGGAAAAUCUAUUCCCAAGUGGGCCGGACCGGAAAAAUCAUGGUAUAUAUAACUUAAAAACAACAACUUCAGAUUGUUUUCUUUGUUUUAAUACGAUCAACAUACAACAUAAAGCUGGAGCCUGAGGACAGUGUGUCCAAAAUAGUACAAGCACAACAUCACUAAUAAUCAUAAAACACGUCAAUUUUAUUUGAAAAUUCUAAAGAAAAAGAACACACAAACACACAAUGCCUCAGGGAUUAACAGAACUGUUUCACAGAUCACAGAACUAUAUCAGGGUGUCAUUUCUCAGGCAGAAAUGUAGAUACAAAUAAUGAAAUCCUGUUCCCCAAACAAGUGCAAGAACCACAGAGUCAAGAAUAGGUUAAAUAUACAAAUAAAAUAAAAUCAAUUAAAAACAAUAGCACAUCAACAUAAAAACAUAUAAACAUAAAGCUGGAGCCUGAGGACAGUGUCCAAAAGCACAACAUCACUAUUAAUCAUAAACACCUCAAGUUAUUUGAAAGUUCUGAGGACAAAGAACACACAAACACACAAUGCCUCAGUGAUUCACAGAAGUAUAUCACAGAUCACAGAACUAUAUCAGGGUGUCAUUUCUCAGGCAGAAAUGUAGAUACAAAUAAUGAAAUCCUGUUCCCCAAACAAGUGCAAGAACCACAGAGUCAAGAAUAGGUUAAAUAUACAAAUAAAAUAAAAUCAAUUAAAAACAAUAGCACAUCAACAUAAAAACAUAUAAACAUAAAGCUGGAGCCUGAGGACAGUGUCCAAAAGCACAACAUCACUAUUAAUCAUAAACACCUCAAGUUAUUUGAAAGUUCUGAGGACAAAGAACACACAAACACACAAUGCCUCAGUGAUUCACAGAAGUAUAUCACAGAUCACAGAACUAUAUCAGGGUGUCAUUUCUCAGGCAGAAAUGUAGAUAAAAAUAAUGAAAUCCUGUUCCCCAAACAAGUGCAAGAACCACAGAGUCAAGAAUAGGUUAAAUAUACAAAUAAAAUAAAAUCAAUUAAAAACAAUAGCACAUCAACAUAAAAACAUAUAAACAUAAAUCUGAAAGCGUUGCUCAAACUCCCGUAACAGUCCCGUUAUUUUAUCUUUGAACCGCUUCAUGUCUGCCACAUGUUGGGUCGCGCACACAUUUUUCAGACAGGGGAAGUGAGCUGCAUCACCACCGGCAAGUUGCGUCUCCCACAAUGACAGCUUCAACUUGAAAGAACGCAUGCUGUCAUAAUACUGCGUGACAACUUUGUUGCGCCCUUGCAGCUGUUUGUUCAAGUUAUUCAGGUGCUCUGUAACAUCCACCAUAAAUGCAAGGUCCUGCAUCCAUUCUGCGGAAUGAAAUUCUAACACUGGUUUGCCCUUUUCUUCCAUGAACUGUUCAAUUUCUUCUCGUAAAUCAAAGAAACGCCUCAGCACAGCACCUCGGCUUAACCAUCUUACCUCAGUGUGGUAUGGCAGGCCAUAGAUGUGGUCUUUCUCUCUGAGAAGGCUGUCAAACUGAUAGUGAUUCAGGCUUCUGGAUCGGAUGAAAUUAACAGUUUGGAUGACCACCUUCAUGACGUUAUCCAUCUUUAAUGACUUGCAACACAAAGCCUCCUGGUGCAAAAUACAGUGAAAAGUCAAAAAAUCACGUCCUCCAUUUGCAGAUUGCACUUUCUCUCUGAACUUUGUCACAACGCCUGCUUUUUUCCCGAUCAUUGAGGGCGCACCAUCUGUAGCCAGGCUGACAGCGCGGGACCAGUCCACUCCGACCCUGUCCAGCGCGCCGACGAGUACGGUAAAAAUAUCAGCUGCUGUCGUUGUAUCUGUCAUCGGCACCAACUCCACGAACUCCUCGGUGACGGUCAAUGUGUCAUCAACUCCGCGGAUGAAAAUGGCCAGUUGUGCAACAUCUGUAAUGUCUGUGCUUUCAUCAAUUGCAGCCGAAAACGCAAUAAAUGACUUUACUUUUUGCUUCAACUGGCUGUCCAAAUCCACUGAAAGAUCGGAAAUCCUGUCUGCAACUGUGUUUCUUGUCAGGCUGAUAUUUGCAAAAGCCUGCCGCUUUUCAGGGCACACAAUCUCCGCUGCCUUCAUCAUGCAUGUUUUUACAAAUUCACCCUCACUAAAUGGUUUUGAAGCCACUGCGAUUUCAUUAGCAAUGAGGUAGCUAGCUUUCACUGCAGCGUCACUGAUGUCUCGGCUGUGAGUAAACACAGACUGCUGUUUCUUCAGACCCGCCAACAGUUCAUUCACCUUCUCUCAUCUCCGCUGUCCUUGAAAGUUGUCGGCAUGAAGACUCACAUAGUGGCGACGAAGGUUAUAUUCUUUCAGCACUGCAACAUGCUCUGAACACACCAAACAUACAGCUUUCCCAUUCAAUUCCGUGAAUAAAUAGGAUGACCAUUUUUCUUGGAACACUCUGCACUCUGCGUCCACUUUUCUCUUUUUUGACAGAGACAUAUUGGGGCAAUGAGGGUGCCAAAGCACAUAAUGUUAAAAGUAGAAGCCGUAAUAAAUAUCGCGGGCAAAACAAAGUAGCUCAUUGGCUGCACGUGCUUGACCUACUUGCUCUGCCCCGGUAUAAACAGUUUGCUUGCUUAACACAAUUGCUAUUGCGCCACCCAGUGGACGCAAUUGGAACAGCAGUUUAUUUUAUUGAAAAAUUGCAGCGCAUUUUUAUACUUUACAAAUAUAUAUAUAUAUAUAUAUAUAUAUAUAUAUAUUUAUCUUUUUUUUUUCUUUUUUUUAUCAUCUCGCGGGCCGGAUUAAACCCGUUUGCGGGCCUGAUCCGGCCCGUGGGCCGGACGUUUGACACCCCUGGACUAGAAAGAGAGAUGGUGACUACACUGCACUGUGAGCUGCUGUAUCUAUCUAUCUGGGCUCUCAUCCUCUGUCCAUCUGUCUGUCCCUAGGUCCUGAAGCUCCUGAUCAUGGCGUGGGACCGCCACCUCAUCUUCACCAUCGGCACGUCCAGCACCACAGGCGAGUCAGAUACAGUGGUGUGGAAUGAGAUCCACCACAAGACAGAGUUUGGCUCCAACUUGACGGGACACGGCUACCCAGACCCCAACUACCUGGACAACGUCCUGACAGAGCUGUCAGCCCAAGGGGUGGGACAGGACAACCUGAAGGACUGA